AUGAAUAAGUUACCUUCCAAGCUUGGGGGUUAUCGCCGGUACGGAGCUUUGUAUGGUGACCUAAACGACAUUGUGUGGAACUCUCAGACCGAGGAGUCAUUUGAAGAUAAGUGGGCUGAUUUUAUAGAUGAGUACAACUUAUAUGACAACACAUGGCUAUCAGAUCUAUAUGAUGACCGACGCAUGUGGGUCCCAAUAUACUUCAAGGGUGAAUUUUGGGCAGCAAUGCGGAGUACAGUCAAGGAGCAGAAGGAACUGGAGGAUGAUGCUGCAGACUCGAGGGGGGUAAUUCCUUGUGCAACGACCUCGCCUAUGGAGAAACAGUUUCAGCAAGAGUAUACCACAAGCAUUUUUAGGGAUGUUCAAAUUGAGUUUGUGAAGAAGGCUAACUGCAGAGUUUCUGCAGUUGAUGAACAGGGUCCAUUGGUCUGCGUGAAGGUGGAAGAGGAAAAACUAGUCAACGAUACUAUUCUAUGCGUUCCGUACGAUGUUCACUUUGACCGUUCCACACAGGAGCUUCGUUGUGAGUGCAAUCUUUUUGAGAGUUCAGGUGUAUUGUGCUGUCACUGCCUUGAAGUUUUCCAUUCGUAUAAAGUGUACAAAGUACCUUCCAGUUAUGUUCUCCCUCGAUGGAGCAAGAAGAUAAAGCGCAAGCAUACGUAUGUCAAAAGUAUCCAUGAUGUCAGUCGGUCGGAUGAGAGUCAUGUUGCAUUCAGGGGACUGUGUGCACACUUCUAUAAUGUUGCUCAAGAGUUCGUCGGUGACGAUGAUGAAACAGCAUUGCUGCAUGUUACUUUGGAAGAAACAAGGGCCAAGUUGGCUGCGCACCAUCCCAAAAUGAGGUCCGAGAGCGUGUCAGAUAUCCAGACCAACAUUGGCUCACAGAGUUCGAACGAUGUUGGUGUUGAUGACAUCCAAGGUCCAUCGAAGGUCACCACAAAGGGCAGGCCAAAGAGUAAGAGGCUCGGCUAUGCCCUUGAGAAGUCCUUCAAGAAUUCAAGACGGAGAAAAUAA